AUGGCAAUCAAUUUCAAAGAUGGUGUUAUUCUUGGAGCCGAUAGUCGGACGACCACAGGAGCUUAUAUCGCAAAUCGAGUCACGGAUAAGUUAACACAGGUGCACGAUACCAUUUGGUGCUGUCGGUCAGGAUCUGCCGCGGAUACACAGGCUGUUGCCGACAUUGUCAGUUACCAUCUGGGAAUGUACGGUGUAGUCAACCAAGAGCGCCCAACAACCCAAACUGCCGCUGCGUUGUUCCAGGAACUUUGUUAUGACAACAAGGACAUUCUCAGGCAAGGAAUACCUUCCCGUCCACGCCUUCUUCACCAGCUUUUAUCUUAUAUUAUCGCAGGAAUCAUCAUCGCGGGUUACGACGCACGACAUGGAGGACAGGUAUACUCGAUACCAUUGGGCGGUUCCCUGCACAAGCAAUCAUACGCCAUUGGUGGUUCCGGAUCAACGUAUAUCUACGGCUACUGCGAUGCGAACUGGCGGGAGGGAAUGACGGAAGAGGAAGGGAUCGAGUUUGUGAAGAACUCACUACAAGAGGCGAUAAAAUGGGAUGGUAGCUCUGGAGGUGUGAUCCGUAUGGUUGUGUUGACGGAGAAGGGGGCAGUACGACAUCUGUAUCUUCCAGACAACGGAUAUACCGGUCCGGGUUCGCAAUGA